CCAUUGCACCGGUAAAAGACUUCAAACUUCAUAUCUCUCUCUCUGUCUCUCUCUCUCUAGGAACCUGAUAACACAGAUCCUUUUACAUCUUCUCUCUCUCUCUCGUCUUCUUCGUUUCCCAUUCUUUUGAUUUAUGGACAAAGGAGGAGGACUCUCCAUUGAUUCUGAUCGACCAAUUGGGUUCUUCGUCACCAAGCCCACCACCAUCAACCACUUCCUCAAACCCAAGUGGAGCAACAAGUCUGAGCACUCCAUGGAUGACUCUUCCAAUAACAACCGUUUCUCCGGUAUUGAAUUCCCCGUCAAUCUUAACUCUAGGGAUGAUGAGGUGUCUCCGGCCAACAAUCGUGCCGUUGUCGAUGAAAUGGACUUCUUCUCUGAUAAGAAAACCUCCACCGUCGACGUCAAGAAGGAGAAUUCUCAUGGUGGCGCCGCCCCUCGUUUCAAUUCAGAUGUAAAUACCGGUCUACACCUUCUCACUGCAAACACCGGUAGCGACCAAUCCACCGUAGACGACGGCAUCUCUCCCAAUGCAGAAGAGAAACGAUCCAAGAACGAGUUGGCUGUGUUACAAGCGGAGCUAGACCGGAUGAAUGAAGAGAACCAACGUCUCCGGGGGAUGCUCAGCCAAGUCAGUAAUAACUACAACACCCUUCAAAGGCAUCUCUUCACACUUAUACAACAGCAGCAGAAUCGCGAGGCCGAAACCACCCAAGAACACGAGAUGUUAGAUGUGAAAGUGGAAGAGAAGAAACAUGAGAAUAGUAGUGGUGGAGGAUUGAUGGUGCCUAGACAAUUCAUGGAUUUAGGGCCAGCAGCUACGGCGGAUACAGAUGAGCCCUCACAGUCUUCAUCUGAAGGACACAGCGGAGACCGUUCUGGGUCUCCUCAUAACUGUUUGGAUGUGGCGUCUAAGGAAUAUAGACAACAAAAGAAUAGCUCUAAUAGUGAGAUCGUCCCAUUUGAGCAACAAGACAAGAGUCAUGAGCUUAGGGAAGGGAGGAGUGUCGGCAGGGAAGAUAGCCCAGACCAGGGUUCACAAGGGUGGGUACCCAACAAGGUUCCCAAAUUGAAUGCUUCCAAGAACAUGGAUCAGUCUGCAGAAGCCGCCACCAUGAGGAAAGUCCGUGUCUCAGUUCGUGCUCGAUCUGAAGCACCCAUGAUCACGGAUGGAUGCCAAUGGCGAAAGUAUGGACAGAAGAUGGCGAAAGGGAACCCAUGCCCUAGAGCUUAUUAUCGUUGCACCAUGGCUGCUGGUUGUCCAGUUCGCAAACAGGUUCAGAGAUGCGCAGAAGAUCGAACAAUCCUCAUAACUACCUAUGAGGGAACCCAUAACCAUCCACUCCCUCCUGCAGCUAUGGCAAUGGCGUCGACCACAUCAGCAGCAGCGUCGAUGCUUCUUUCAGGAUCGAUGUCGAGCAGCGAAGGGCUAAUGAACUCAAAUUUCCUGUCAAGGACACUUCUGCCAAGCUCGUCUAGUAUGGCUACCAUCUCAGCCUCAGCACCUUUCCCUACUGUGACGUUGGACCUAACCCACACACCCAACCCAUUACAGUUCCAAAGGCCACCGACACAAUUCCACGUUCCCUUCCCUGGUGGCCCAGCAGCAGCAGCACAGAACUUUGGUGGUGCACCACCACCUCAACUUGCUCAGAUCUUUGGGCAAAGCCUCUACAACAACCAGUCAAAAUUCUCCGGUCUUCAAAUCUCUCAGAAUGCAGACGCUUCCCAAUUCUCCCAGCAGCAACACCUUCCACAACCACCCCAACAAGCGGCGCAGCCACAUUCAUUGGCCGACACGGUGAGUGCCGCCACUGCCGCAAUCACCGCCGAUCCCAAUUUCACGGCAGCUCUGGCAGCUGCCAUCAGCUCUAUUAUUGGUGGUUCCCAUCAGCAGAGUAACAACAACGACAACAGUAACAGUGGCAACACCGCUUCCGCCAAGGGUAACAGCGAUAGCAAUAAAAUCACCAAUUCGAAUUUUGCAGCAAAUUAAGACACUUUUUUUUUUCCUUUUCUAGUCCAUUGGUUCAUAUGGGUUCCUUCAUUUUUAUUUAUUUGAAAGGAAAAAAAGAAGAGAUUAUACAGUUUCAUUGGUUUUUUUAGGGGGUUAGUGGAGAGGGUUAAAUUGUUAAAAACACUAUUACAUUCUUUCUUUGUUAUUUCAAAUUGAAUAAUUGUCUCUGAAUACAGAAAAAAAUUGCACAUUAGCUUAUUUCA